AUGUCAUCCGCGGUGGACGGACAGCAACAACAACAGCCGCUGGCCGGUGGUUCGCCGCCUAUGUCAGUGGUGUUGACGCAGCACUGCUGCAAAGAAGAAUCAUCGCCGGGCGUAUCGCCGCCGCACCCACAGACCGCCAUGUCGCCUACGACCGUCCAAGACAUGCCGCCCGAGAGCACGUCACCCGUGAUGCUGGCCACCAUGCAACCGGUGAGCGUGGACGAAUUCCAAGCGUCCGAUUAUCACCAUCAAAACCACCAUCAGCAGCAGCAGCACCACCACCACCAACAGCAGCAUCAGCAACAUCAACACCAUCACCAGCAGCAGCCUGACGAUCCGCUGGACCAGAAGACUGUAAUUUACAUACCGGGCACCGAUCCACAGCAGACCAUCAUCUACGAUCCGCAGAACCCCGAAGGGUCGUUGCCGCCGGGCAUCACGAUCCAGCAGGAUCCGGUCAACGGUUCAGCAGUGUCCGUGUUGGUCCAGGGGCAAGCUGGACACCACCAGUACCUGGGAGCUUCGGGUACCACCGUGUUGGUCAUGCAGGAACUGGUCGACGACAUGGGUCACAUAUUGCACAGGUUAGUCUAG